GUCUUUCGAGGAUAAAUCCCGACGAAUCAGCGGUCAGUUCAGUUACAGUUCGGUUAGUCUGCAGCGUCUUGUUCUGUCAAACUGGAGUUUCGAGACUGUCGUGAAACAGUGAAAGUUCGAAGCGAAAGCGAAACGACGGGAGUGGCCCUUCACUCAACCUGGAAGCCAUGGAGGACUAUCUGCCAAAUGAAUAUGAUGUCGUCGUCGUAGGGACGGGUAUGACGGAGUCUAUUGUCGCAGCAGCUGCAAGUAGAAUCGGUAAAAAGGUCCUUCACCUAGACAGCGAUGAAUAUUAUGGUGGUCUAUGGGCAACAUUUAACUUUGAUGGGCUACAGAAAUGGAUAGAAGACCUAAAAGUUCCCAAAAACACGACCAAGGAUCUAUCUGAAGCCGAUUUGGAACCUGAAGAAAAAUUUCUAAAAACUAGCAAUGAAUAUUCAACUGUUGAAAAUAUUGAGGAAACAUGGUAUAUUUCAAAUGAAGCUGAUCUGCCAGUAGUUUCUUCAAAAGAUACUCAGACUGAUAGUACUGGAGAUGUUAGUGGAAGUGAUGAUGAAAAAGCUGAUGAUGAUAAAGUUGAAAAAAAAGAGAAUGUUAAACAGUGGAGUAUAGAUCGUAUAAGAAAAGAAUACAGAAAGUUUAAUAUUGACUUGGCGCCAAAGUUAUUAUUUGCGCGAGGUGAACUAGUUGAGCUCUUAAUCUCCAGUAACAUUGCUCGUUAUGCGGAAUUUCGUGCAGUGUCCAGAGUAGCUACAUUCAUGGAUGGGAAAUUGACACAAGUACCUUGCUCAAGAGCUGACGUGUUUGCAAAUAAAACUGUUAGUGUUGUUGAGAAAAGAAUGUUAAUGCAACUGCUCACUUCAUGCAUGGAGCAAGGCGCAGAUAGUCCAGAAUUUGAUGGAUUCCGUGAUAAAACCUUCUUAGAAUAUUUAAACACGAAAAAUUUAACACCAAUCGUGCAGCAUUAUGUUGUUCAAGCAAUUGCUAUGGCUACUGAAAAGACUUCUUGUAGAGAUGGUGUGAAUCGCACGAAACAUUUUUUGAAUAGUCUUGGACGAUAUGGAAAUACACCCUUUCUUUGGCCUAUGUAUGGUAGUGGAGAGCUACCUCAGUGCUUUUGCAGAUUAUGUGCAGUAUUUGGAGGAGUUUACUGUUUAAAAAGGCAGCUUGAUGGUGUAGUAAUAAACAAAAAUAAAUGCAAAGCUAUCAUUAGUGGCAAACAAAGAAUAAGUUUGGAACAUUUAGUUCUUGGUCAAGGUCAUCUGCCACCGGAAGUUGUAGCUUUUGAAGGAGAGCAACGAAUAUCACGUGGAAUUUUCAUUACGGACAGGUCAAUUAUGCAAGGUGAGAAGGAAAAUUUGACACUUUUAUAUUAUCCUCCGGAACAACCUGAUCAGGAACCUGUUACACUGAUUGAAUUGGGACCAUCUACAAAUGCUUGCCCUCAAGGAUUGUUUAUGGUUCACAUGACAUGUAAGCGAACAACAAAUGCAAAGGAAGACUUGGCCUAUGUUGUCAAUAAAUUUUUAAGAGCUGAGCCGCUUGAUCCAUUAGCCAUUCGUUCAUCUAUCCAUAGCCAUACACAGACUGUUUCUCCAGAUAAAAGACAUAUUCAGGAAGGUGAUCAAGAUAAUAGAGAGGAGUCUACAGAGAGUCCAAAGCCUCAAGUUUUAUGGUCAUUGUACUUAAACCUACCUGCAAGUGAUAUUAAAUUAGAAGAGUCCACGCCAAGUAACCUUCAUCUGUGUUCAGGACCAGAUUUAGAGCUUGAUUUCGAUUUUGCAGUUAAUCAGGCGAAGAGCAUCUUUGAAUCUAUGUAUCCUGACAAAGAUUUCCUUCCACGUGCACCUGAUCCAGAAGAAAUCGUACUUGAAGGAGAAGAAGCGCCAGGACCGAAAUUUGAGGGAGAUACAGAGGCUGAAGAGAAACAAGAUGUUGAGAAAGCCGAAAAAGAGGAUUAAAUGAUCUUUUUUCGUCUUUUCAUCUUGAAAACACGGGCCAGCUCCCUUAGCCGCACACCUCUUUCUAUCCAAAGUUACACGCGUCUUCUUUCGUUUGAAAGUCGGAAAACUUUUAUUCGAAUGAUUAACGAACAUUUUGUUUGUAAUUGAAUUACCAGUUAUGUCCGUAAAUAGUGCUAGAUAUUAUUUUAAUCUAAAUGUUUAUUUAAAUUAAAAACGAAAUUAUACUAUUUAUUUCGACUGUAUAAAACAUUGUUUUUGCCUAGCACUCUUUGUAGACGAAACUGUUUGGAAAAAAACUUUGGUUUCUUUGAAGAAUUUUCAUUGCUAAUCAACUUAAAAGUUGUUCGUAAAUUUUCGAAUAAAAUUCCAAUCGACUGGCGCUCAAGUCUGCGUUACACUCGCUCUUUUAUUAAAUUACGGAUCAAUCGGCCGAAAGCAUUAGUUUUUCUUUCUUUCCUUUCUGGUCAAACAAAUUUACUUUCAAUGUUAAGUUUCGAGGAAGUGAAAUGUAGUUUUAUGAUAAUAUAUAAGAGAGAUGUGGAAGAACUAAAACGAAGGAUAGAUAGUAUUUAUAAACUAAUUCUUCAUUAAGUUACGUUAGAUUUAAAAUUAAUCAUAAAUAAAAAAUAUAUACGAUAAUUCAAUAAUUUAUAAAUGUGAUCGAUUUCUAAUUUAAUCGGAAAUUAUUAAGACAAUUUAGCAUCGAUUAUAUUUAUAAAUUGCUGACUUAUAAGGAUACAAUGAGAAAAUAAAGUUCUAAAAUAAUAAAAUUCUCAUUAAUCUUAUUUUCUCUAAUCACUACGAAUGUAAAAAAGCACAUCAUUCCACGUUUCUCUACUAUAUCAAUAUAAAAGAUAUCAUAAUGUCUUUUAUCGGAUUAUUAAUACGUAUUAUACAUCAUUAGUGUAUUUAUUACGCAUUAUAUUGCAUAGCAUAGUUUACUCAUUAUAUAUUGUUAGUGUAAGAACAAAU